AUGCCACAAGGCACGGUGGCGUCGGAGUGGGAGAUCAGGAUGUUCCUGGUGGCAAUGCCGGAUGGCCUGGUGACAGGGCUGGACGCGGCGAUGAGGUGCGUGGUGAGCGCCGCGUUCCUGUGGAUGGCGGAGGUAGUAGGGGUGCUGCGGGUCCCGCUGUGCACUGACGGGGCCGUGUUAUGUGCCAUGUUCUCCGUCCUCGAGCCGUCGUCCGCCGGGAGCAGCAGCUCCACUUCAUUCCCGGCGUCUCCGCCCAUCGAGUCUGCUACCUCCCCGAGGGCGUCGUCUUCGGCCCCCUCGUCUCCUCGUUCUCGUGCCUCCUACGCCGCAUGGGCCAAAAUGUCUCCAAAGCUGCCGCCGGCCUCGUCAACAUUUGCGAGGGCCUCGACCCCGCCAUCAACCCUGGCUGGAUCGCCACGCGACGGCCACCGUGGCCUACGUAAACUUCGGUUCGGUCGUGACCCUGCCGCCCUCCGAGCUGACCAAGCUCGCGGAGGGGUUGGAGGUCAGCGGGCGGCGUUCCUCUGGUCGCUCAAGGGCCAGGCCGAGGAGCUCCUGCCGCCGGGAUUCUUAGACCGAACCAAGGGGAGGGGCCUCGUGGUAAGCUGGGCGCCGCAGUCGGACGUCCUGCGCCACGCGGCGGUGGGAGCCUUCGGGACCCACUGCGGCUGGAACUCGGUGUUGGAGGCCAUCACGGCCGGUGCCCCCAUGGUGCGCCGCCCCUUCUUCGGGGACCAAAGCAUGACCGCGAGGUCCGUCUCCUUCGUGUGGAAGAUCGGAGUCGAAUUCGAAGGCUGA